UCCUUUGAAAUGGCGUAAUAGCAACUUAAUUAACAAUUCAUCUCGUAAUUGUGGUCUUUUGUAGACGAGUCAUACCAGGUCAGCUGAAAUAUCACGCUGAGUUUUAGGUCUUAUGUGAGAAACUCAACUCGCUCGUGAAAACGUGAAUAAUUACUUAAAACGUAAACCCGUUGCUUAGAACCGUGCGUCAAACGCCUUAAUUGGAAGCGUUAUCGCUCGAGAAUUAAAGAGUUUGCUGCGCGAAGCGGGGGCAAGCGGGAAAAGCGAGGACAUCUUUUCUCGUGCUUCGCUACGCUCGAGAGCCGGCAGAUGGUGUAGUUGAAAUCUUGGCACGCACUCACUGUGAAUUUAAAAUGAUGCUAGUUGCGAAGUCCGAACUUUGAUCCGCUUGUCUAAAUGGGAUCCACUUGUACCAAAGCUCCGAGAAAGGAUCAAAAUAGCAAGUACAGCCUACAAAAUCGAGCGGAUGAUUCUUCAGCAGAUACAGUACAGCCGCAUAUUCACGUGACGUCAAUACCAGUGGACUGCGCAUGCGAAUCCAACUGCAAUGACAACGAAGUGUGUAAUGACUGUGAUGGUUACACAACACACGAUCCUACCAGCUAUUCUCCAGAAAAAGCUUCAGUUCUCGCCGUGUCAAGAUUGCGUGAAAUCAUGGAUCAACUGGAUACUGGAAAGGGUUUGUCAGCCACAGAUAUGAAACAGGAACUAGGAAUCGCUGUCGCUAUGUUGGACAAAGCAUCGGUAGCAGCGACACCGGUACCUCUACGGGAUUACAGGGGGUCCACGAGCGCAUUGAGUGAGCUUGACGAUGAACUAGAGAGUAGCCUUUAUUCCGAUGACGUCAAUGAGGAGGUGCGAGAAUGGAUCGCUACGACGUUUGCGCGAAGUACUCCAGGUCUGCGCAGAAAGAGCAUAGCCAGGAGGCAUACGUUUCGCAGCGUGGUACAGGCAGUAAAAGCAAGUCUUUACGUGAAAAGGAUAUAUCAAAAUAUGGCAAUAAAAUCGAAAUUUCAAGUUCCAGAGGAAGUUCAACAAUAUUUUAGGAAUUUAGACAAGUGGACGUUUGAUCCCUUUAAGUUUAGUGACCUGACCUCUGGAAAUCCCCUCCGUUACCUGGGCCACGAAUUAUUCACUCGUUACGAUCUCCUAGCGAAGUUUAAGAUAACAUCUCCAACGCUGGAUCGUUUUCUGGUAGCAAUAGAGGACGCAUACAAGAAACCUGGGAAUCGUUAUCACAACGAGUUUCACGCAGCAGACGUAACGCACUCUGUGCAUUAUUUCCUGUCACGUGUUGGACUCAUGCAUUGUAUGAGUGACUUAGAAAUAUUUGGAUUAUUACUCUCUGCCAUUAUACACGACGUGGAUCAUACGGGAACUACAAACAACUUUCACGUUAACUCCAGAUCCGAACUCGCGUUGCUGUACAAUGAUCGAUGUGUGUUGGAGAAUCACCAUUUGUGCUGUGCAUUUACGCUUUUGAAAUCGCGAGAGCUAGACAUCCUUGCAAGUUUGACUCCAGAACAGUACAGUGAAUUACGUACCCUAGUCGUAGACAUGGUACUAGCGACCGACAUGUCAUCGCACUUUGAACAACUCAGAGCCAUGAAAGCCACUCUUACAGUCCUCGGAAGUCAAGUAGAAAAGAGUCAAGCAUUAGAGUAUAUUCUUCAUGUGGCUGACAUUAGCAAUCCAGCGAAGGAUUGGGAACUACAUCGACAAUGGACUUCUCGCAUCAUGGAAGAAUUCUUUUGUCAAGGAGAUCGUGAACUUGAAAUGGGAUUGCCAAUAUCUCCACUGUGCGAUCGUUCCGUUACUUGUAUUCCAGAGAGUCAGCUAGGUUUUAUCGAGUUUGUUGUCACGCCAGCAUUUGACGUGUGUAGCGAGAUGCUGGACUUGUUACUGGAAACGAAGACAUCACAGGCUGCGGCAGAUCUUGGCAUAGAGGGGUUUGGAGGCAAGGAGAGAGCCUGGGUGGCACCUCUGGCUGAUAACAGGCGAAGAUGGAAGGAACAGUGCCAGUCCUCUACAAGAGGAAUGGCAGAAGCCCGUUCACCAUCAAACCUAAGCUUACUGAGCCGGUCUUCGGUUGGCGUGACCGAAGACGAGAACAAGAACAAACAGAGUCCAAGAAAUAGCAAGCCUCUCCUGACUCCAAUUAUCUCCUAACACUACCCCUCAGAGGAGUAGUGGAAGCAUCGCCCCAGGUCUCGAGCGGGAGACAAAAAUUCAGGCGCCCACCGACUGCAUGAAUUUUGGGCCAUCUAUGGAUAACCUUAUUUUUAUGUCUCCUGUCGGUUUAACCGAAAUCUGUCAGCAAUCACACAACUUACGCGUUGUGCAACUUUACACAAGUCCCCGCCUGUUGUCAGUGGAGUUGUACUCUCACAGAGGCCUGUGAACGAGGUGCAACUCUCGGACUUACGGUGUUACUUGUAAGUCCAUGCGAUCUUGCCACCAUAUAUCUGGCGAGGCCACAAAGCAUUGAUAAUCAUUUUUAUGAUGGCAGAUGAAAUAGGCCGAUAGGGGAAAAGAAGUAAGGGGUAAGAAAGG